AGCUUCUCUCCGGCUGUUCGACCUCGGUGAUCACUUCCCCGCAGCCCGUCUUCACAAGUUCUCCUCAACCCGAAACCAAGCCGUCUCUCUGUCGACAUGGAGCGCACCUUCAUCGCCGUGAAGCCCGAUGGCGUCCAGAGAGGACUCAUCGGAGAGAUCAUCAAGCGCUUCGAGACCCGAGGCUUCAAGCUGGUGGCGUCCAAGUUCAUGAAGGCCUCUGAGGAUUUCAUGAAGACCCACUACCUGGACCUGAAGGACAUGCCUUUCUAUGCUGGACUCUGCAAAUACAUGUCCUCCGGACCCGUCUUUGCCAUGGUGUGGGAGGGUCAGAACAUUGUGAAGCUGGCCAGGAUGAUGCUGGGCGAGACCAACCCCGCUGACUCCAAGCCCGGCAGCAUCCGUGGAGACCUGUGCAUCAACAUCGGCAGGAACAUCAUCCACGGCAGCGAUACCCUGGAGAACGCCAAGCGUGAGGUCGGCCUGUGGUUCAAGGCCGAGGAGUUCGUCGAGUGGACACCCUGCGCCCAGCCCUUCCUGUAUGAGUAAACUA